GUUCAUCUCAUCCCAUGCUCCACCUUGCUCAUAACAUCAUAUAUAUUUACAGUGUUUUUCUUUUGCCUUCUCUUCUCUUCUUGGGUAUCAAAUUCAAAUGGGGUGUUUAGGUUGGAAGAAUCAAUUGUUCUGUCUUCUAGUUAUACUCUCCUUGCUCUUUCAUUUUUCAUCGUCUUUUUCUUCUUCCUUGUCAUCAAUCUCACCAUGCUCUGCUCUACUCCAUUUCAAUCACUCUCUUUCUCUUGAUUUAUCCGCUUCUCCUUCUUAUUAUACAUCUAGAAUUCAGAUGUGUGAUAAUUCAUAUCCAAAGACAGCCUCUUGGAAGGAGGAUAAGGACUGCUGUAGUUGGGAUGGCGUCGUUUGUCACCAAACCACUCGCCAUGUUAUUGGCCUCGACCUUAGCUGCAGCUGGCUUAGAGGCCCCAUUCAUUCCAACAGUACCCUCUUCUUUCUUCCCCAUCUCAGGGCCUUGAAUCUCGCUGGCAAUUGCUUCAAUGAAUCCCUAAUUUCGCCUGAGUUUGGCAAGUUUAAGACUUUGACUCAUCUUAACCUUUCUUAUUCCUGUUUUUCUGGCAAAAUCCCGAACGAAAUCUCUCAUUUGUCUUCGCUGAUUUCACUUGAUCUUUCACUCAACAAUGGGCUUUUAAUUGAAACACCAGUAUGGAAAAGUGUCAUUCAUAACCUUACUCAGUUAAGGGAACUUCUUCUGGAUCAGUCAGAUAUGUCCUCGAUUAGACCUAAUUCUUUGAUGAAUCUAUCCUCCUCUUUCACAACUCUUAGUCUCAAUUACUGUAAGUUGCAGGGAAAACUUGAAAAUAGCAUCCUCUGCCUUCCCAGUAUACAAACCCUUGAUCUUGGGUUUAAUAUUAAUCUCGAUAUGGGUUCUCUUCCAAAGUCUAAUUGGAGCAGUUAUCUGCAGUUCUUAGAUCUCUCUUCUGUAAGCUUUUCAGAAAAAUUACCUGAUUCUAUUGGCAAUCUGAAGUCCUUGAAGUAUUUGGAUAUCUCUAAUUGCAAUUUUACUGGAUCAAUUUUAACAUCACUUGGAAACCUUACAAAACUUACUUAUUUGACUUUGUCAUCUAAUAACUUUAGCGGUUUGCUGCCAUUGUCGGUAUUUAACUUGCCCAAUCUCUCAAGUUUAUACCUUGACAACAAUCAACUUAUUGGGCCCCUUCCUAAUCACGUAAGUGGACUUUUGAAUCUAAAAGAUCUCUACUUAAGUUCAAAUUUCCUAAAUGGGACACUACCAUCUUGGUUGUCCAAUUUGCCCUCUUUGGUGUCGUUAAGUCUUAAUGGUAAUCAAUUCAUUGGUGAGAUUGGUGAAUUCAAGUCCAAUUCGUUGAAGCAUCUUGAUUUGAGUUAUAAUAAGCUAUAUGGCUCCAUACCUAGGUCAAUAUCUAGAUUUGUUAACCUUACUUAUCUAUCUCUCUCAUCAAAUAACUGGAGUAAUAUGUUGGAGUUAGAAAUGUUUUCAAAGCUCAAAAACCUCGUGUUUCUUGAUUUUUCAAAUAACUUAGUUAGCAUCAACAAUAACGUCACCUAUACCCUGCCUAAACUUAGCAGUUUGAACUUGUCUUCUUGCAACAUUAGUGAGUUCCCAAUAUUCUUAAGAAUAGCAACAACAUUACAAUUCUUAGACCUUUCCAAUAAUAGAAUUUAUGGUCAAGUUCCAAAAUGGUUGGAGGAUAUGGGGAGGGAUUCAUUAUAUUUUCUUGAUCUUCAUGACAACUUGCUUCAAGGACCAUUUCCCACUCUAAGUUUUCUUAGUUUGGAAUAUUUGUCUGUCUCCAAUAACAAAUUAACUGGAGAAAUCCCUUCUUUAAUUUGCAAUACAAGUUCCCUUUAUGUUCUGGACUUGUCUCAUAACAACUUAAGUGGCGUGGUUCCUAAGUGUUUGGUACACUCUAAUGUCCUCUCAGUGUUGGAUUUGCGAAUGAAUAGCCUUCAUGGUACCAUCCCUGCAACAUUUUCCAAGGGAAAUCAUUUUAGGAAUAUUAACCUUAAUGGCAAUCAAUUGGAAGGGCCAUUGCCAAGAUCUUUGGCAAAUUGUAGGAACUUGGAAGUUCUAGAUCUUGGAAGUAAUAAGAUAAAUGGAACCUUCCCUUAUUGGUUGGAAGGUCUUUUAUAUUUGCGGGUUCUUGUCAUAAGAUCAAACAAAUUUCAAGGUCGUAUAGGCAAUCCUAAGACCAAAUCUCCUUUCCCAAAUUUGCGAAUCCUAGACAUCUCUAACAAUGAGUUUAAUGGUCCUUUGCCAAUAAAAUAUUUCAAAUUUUUGAAAGCCAUGACAAAUGUGGAUGAAGGAAAAGUUGCAUUGAAAUAUAUGGGAGAUGGGUAUUAUCAGGAUUCUUUGAAUGUGAUGAUGAAAGGGUUAUAUAUUGAGUUGGUGAGAAUCCAAACUGUUUUCACAACCAUUGAUUUUUCAAACAAUAGUUUCAGAGGAGAGAUACCAAAGAUAAUUGGGAGACUAAAAUCACUCAAGGGGCUCAACUUUUCUCACAAUAACCUUACGGGUUAUAUUCCACCAUCAUUUGGAAAUUUGAGCAAUCUUGAAUGGUUAGAUCUCUCUUUCAACAAGCUUAUCGGGGAGAUUCCUAAGCAAUUGGUAGAUCUACCGUGGCUUGAAGUUUUAAAGUUGUCACAUAACCAACUCACAGGACACAUACCUUUCGGAAAGCAAUUCAAUACAUUUGAUAAUGAUUCGUAUACUGAUAACCAGGGAUUAUGUGGAUUUCCGUUGUCAAAAACGUGCAAUAGCCUUGAGGCAAAGAAACCACCACCAUUGACCUUACAACAAGAAGACUAUUUAGGGCCUGAAAAUGGGUUUAGUUGGCAAGCUAUAUCGAUGGGUUAUGGAUGUGGAGUGAUAUUUGGAAUGUUGAUGGGAUAUCUUAUGUUUAAAAUUGGAAAACCAAAGUGGAUUGUGAGGAUGGUCAACUUAGAGUAACAUAUCAUGCUCAGAAGGCUAAAGAGGAAUGUCCAAAGACACGGUGGAAAAAAUAACCAGUCAAAACAAUUUGUGGGUGGUUUUGCCAGAGUUUUUCAAGAAGGUUUCAAAGGCAUGUUGUACUAUGUUGUAAUUUGUGGAAACCACUUCAAUUUCAUAAAAUGGUUGGGAGUCUAUGUAGAAUGCAUCUGUUGUGGGGCUUCCUCAUUUUUAGAUCAUGGGGUUUUCAACCAAGGAGGAGAUUCUGGGUGUGUUGGAAUUUGACUUCAACGGCAAAAAAGAAAUUGACUCCGAAUUUGACACAAAUGGCAUAGUCCAGAACAAAGCGGAGCUCUCCUUCAGCCCCAUCCAUGUGGCAGGAUUAGGCUAAAGAAGCCUCUCUAAACACUCACUUCUUCAUCAUCCUUAUUCACUUUCUUCAUCAUUUUUUAAACAAUGGAGACAGCACAGAAUUGUUAUUUAGGAGAAUAUGAACUUCUUUCAUGGUCCUCGAAGACACAGGACACCAUUCUUUACCAAGCUGGUUGGCAUUGUUGCUGUUGAAGUAAUUGGUUCAAGGUUGUUGCCUCCAAAGUUUUGAAACAUAUCAAUAACCUCUGUGCUCUUAAACAGAUCAAGACCUCUACAGCUAACACAAAGAAAGUGCAAGUCAAAGCAACUCCUGAGAAAUGUCCUGCAAUAAUCAAGAUUCAGAUCAUUUAUGAGUUAAAAGACAGGUACAACUUUUAGAGACCAAAAUGCAAUAGCUCUAUCAAGGCUAGUUGAAUCAUGUAAUGCUUAGAAUGGUAAAAUCUGAGGUCCUGUUAAUCUAAAGGACGCUAUGCAAUCAGGUUGGUGAGGAGCUGCAGUUACAGAAUUUAACUCAGCAAAAGAAAAGAUUCAAGAAAGCUUUUUAAUGGUGUUUUGUUUCUUAGUAUGGAAUUAGUUUAUUAUGCCAAACUGAACUGUAGUUGUUUAUAUUAGGACUCAUUUUGUGGCUACAGCAAUUUUAUAUUGCUAAUUAUGGAUUAUUUGUAGUUGGUUUUAGUGUGUUUGCAGAAAUAAUUAAGCACUUAGUUUUGACUGUCAUGCUUGCAUUGUGAUGAAGACGCUCAUCAACAUAGUGGGUAUGUGUGCGUGUUUUGGGGACAAGGACGUGCUGCCCAAUUUUGUUAAGCUUCUCCUUGCCUAGUUGUAGUUGGUUGUGUUAAACUCCUUUUCUAGUGACAUCAUAAUUCUUUUAGUAUUUCUAGAUGACAUGCAAUUUGGUUUUAGUGUGUGUACCAA